AGUGGCCUCUAGUGACCAGUCCUGUGACCAGUCCUAUCAUGGGAAACAGCAGUUCCCACAAGAGGACCAAAGCACCCAAUCAGGCCAACAAGGACAGGCCACCUGACAUGGACAAAGCCCGUCACAAGCAGUUCUUCAGCCAUCUCAAGAGGAAGAAGCCAAGUUGGCGAGAGGCUCCUGACCCUGCCCGUGUGGGUGAGAACCCCCGCAUCAAGGCUGGGAAAACCAAGAUCGUGCUGCUUUUCCCGCUGGACAAGCGGCAGCAGCUGGCCGAGGCAGCGGCGGGCCCAUUUGUGAGGCCGGUGCGGCCAACUGAGGACCCGCUCGGCGCCCCAACGUGCUUCCCAGCGGUGGCGCCUAUGCUACGUGGGGCUGGCGACGGCGUGGACAGGCGCGAAGGCGCGCGCGCUCGGGAGAUGAAAAGGAUCCUGGUGCUGCUGCUGCAGCUGGACGCACGGCUGCAGGAGGAGGGGCGUCGAGUGGGAGGCAGGCCGGGGGGCGGGGCCAAGGUCCCGCAGUGCUGGCAGCCGCUGUAUGCGCACGUGCUGACCCAACGCGAUGCCUGUGGUGAAGGCGACCCCCGCGAGGAGCAGCCGCGCAAGCGGCGCCGCUGCCCUCGCCCGCGGCCCUGAGUGCCUGGCACGACCCCUAGCGCCAGGACUCUGCUCAAUAAAGAGCACAUAGCAAACCCUGUGUCUGCCACUUCUGUGCCUGCUGUCGGUCACCUGGUCAAAA